AGCCAGAGGACUAAGCUGAGCCGCGGCAAUUGUGAGAGGGAGAAGUCUGAGUGGCGCUCGCGGCGGCCGCGCCAGGCGCGUCCCCCACCCCCACCCCAGCCCCAACGGCCGCAGGCGCGCGCGGCGGACGGACGGGAGCGCGGCGGCUCCCCGCUCCCCCUCCCCUCCCGACUGGGGCGCGUGGCCGUGUCCGCCGCGUGCGCGUGCUGCGUUCAACGGCCACGCGGGGCGGGAGUGAGUCGCGGCCGCCGCCCGGGCCCCAGGGCGGCCUCGAGGACUAGGGGCUCUGCGCCCAGCGUUUCCCGCCCGCCACCCACUCCGCCACGCGCCUGCGGAGUCUUUUCGUCCCCUGGCCAAGAGAUCCAGUCGGUUCGGACCAGAAGGAAGCUUUCGUUUAAGGGUUGAAUUGACCAAAGCAAUGGUGAUGGAGAAGCCUAGUCCCCUGCUGGUCGGGCGGGAAUUUGUGAGACAAUAUUACACACUGCUGAACCAGGCCCCAGACAUGCUGCAUAGAUUUUAUGGAAAGAACUCUUCUUAUGUCCAUGGGGGAUUGGAUUCAAAUGGAAAGCCAGCAGAUGCAGUCUACGGACAGAAAGAAAUCCACAGGAAAGUGAUGUCACAAAAUUUCACCAACUGCCACACCAAGAUUCGCCAUGUUGAUGCUCAUGCCACGCUAAAUGAUGGUGUGGUAGUCCAGGUGAUGGGGCUUCUCUCUAACAACAACCAGGCUUUGAGGAGAUUCAUGCAAACGUUUGUCCUUGCUCCUGAGGGGUCUGUUGCAAAUAAAUUCUAUGUUCACAAUGAUAUCUUCAGAUACCAAGAUGAGGUCUUUGGUGGGUUUGUCACUGAGCCUCAGGAGGAAUCUGAAGAAGAAGUAGAGGAACCUGAAGAAAGACAGCAAACACCUGAGGUGGUACCUGAUGAUUCUGGAACUUUCUAUGAUCAGGCAGUUGUCAGUAAUGACAUGGAAGAACAUUUAGAGGAGCCUGUUGCUGAACCAGAGCCUGAUCCUGAACCAGAACCAGAACAAGAACCUGUAUCUGAAAUCCAAGAGGAAAAGCCUGAGCCAGUAUUAGAAGAAACUGCUCCUGAGGAUACUCAGAAGAGUUCUUCUCCAGCACCUGCAGACAUAGCUCAGACAGUACAGGAAGACUUGAGGACGUUUUCUUGGGCAUCUGUGACCAGUAAGAACCUUCCACCCAGUGGAGCUGUUCCAGUUACUGGGAUACCACCUCAUGUUGUUAAAGUACCAGCUUCACAGCCCCGUCCAGAGUCUAAGCCUGAAUCUCAGAUUCCACCACAGAGACCUCAAAGGGAUCAAAGAGUGCGAGAACAGCGAAUAAAUAUUCCUCCCCAAAGGGGACCCAGACCAAUCCGUGAGGCUGGUGAGCAAGGUGACAUUGAACCCCGAAGAAUGGUGAGACACCCUGACAGUCACCAACUCUUCAUUGGCAACCUGCCUCAUGAAGUGGACAAAUCAGAGCUUAAAGAUUUCUUUCAAAAUUAUGGGAACGUGGUGGAGUUGCGCAUUAACAGUGGUGGGAAAUUACCCAAUUUUGGUUUUGUUGUGUUUGAUGAUUCUGAGCCUGUUCAGAAGGUCCUUAGCAACAGGCCUAUCAUGUUCAGAGGUGAGGUCCGUCUGAAUGUCGAAGAGAAGAAGACUCGAGCUGCCAGGGAAGGCGACCGACGAGAUAAUCGCCUUCGGGGACCUGGAGGCCCUCGAGGUGGGCUGGGUGGUGGAAUGAGAGGCCCUCCCCGUGGAGGCAUGGUGCAGAAACCAGGAUUUGGAGUGGGAAGGGGGCUUGCGCCACGGCAGUGAAUCUUCAUGGAUCUUCACGCAGUCAUACAAACCCUAGUUCCAACAGAAUGGUGAAAUCUUCGACCAGCCUUUGGUAUCUUGGAGUAUGACCCCAGUCUGUUAUAAACUGCUUAAGUUUGUAUAAUUUUACUUUUUUUGUGUGUUAAUGGUGUGUGCUCCCUUUCCCUCUCUUCCCUUUCCUGACCUUUAGUCUUUCACUUCCAAUUUUGUGGAAUGAUAUUUUAGGAAUAACGGACUUUUAAAGAAGAAAAAAAAAACUGAAUUUCCUUGCUUACUUUGCAUAUACAGACUGGAUUUUUUUUUUAACAGCCAUUUCCCCAAAGGAAUGUCUUGUGUAUUACUGACAUUUGGUAUGUUUCCUUCAUUGGAAUAUUUCUUAUUUUCUAUGUGUUUCAAAAGCCUGUAAGAAAUACAGGAUUUGAUAAUAUUUUGAAGGCAGGAAAAACCCAAAUUGUUUCUUCUUUGAGAGUCAUGACUACCUUCUAGUGUGGAGAAAUUGCCAUUGGAAAAUUUGACAAUUUUGAUUCUCACUGGUAUGUUUAAAAACUGAAUAAAAGGAAUAGAAAUUUUCUUUUGAUAAAGGAUCACAAAACAAUUCUAAAACCUGUUUUUACCAUUGAAAUUUAAAUUGUGAUAAUAGGUUUUAAAUGUCUAGAAUGCAACUGAUAGGCUUUUCUUGAACUGUUGUUUUUUAAAGUAGUUUUUUCAUGUUUAAUUUGUAUUUGUAAAAAAACAAAAAGCAAAAAAAUUCCCAAAACUUAGAUAACAACCAGAGCAAAACUGUUGUGCCUUCUAUUUAUCUUUGAUUUCAGUCUUGGCAAUUGUUUAAACAAAAAUAAUUAAAAAAAAAUCUAGAUUUGUUUUAUUAGGUCCAGAGUAUGUGGGGAAUUACAGAAUCCCUCUUUCAUCACUUUGUGUAUGUCUUUUGUUAACGUGUUUGUUAUGCCUUAUUCUAAAAUUGAGUCUCAAACUGGAAUGCCUUCGAAGACAGAUGCUUCUAUAGAGGUUCUUUGACCUAAAUAGUUCAGCAUUUGUAUUUUUAUUCUGGUAUCUAAUCAGAUUCCUAAUCAUAGCCCGUAAGAAGGAAUGUUACUUUAAUAUUGGACUUUGCUCAUGUGCUCGUGUCCGCAUUUUUUUUCUUAAAAUCAUAGCCAUAUGGUAAAUUUUCUAUUUUGUUAUGGUUCUUUUAUUGAUGGGCAUGCAGUGGGUGUUACUUGGAAAUGGCCAAUUUUUAUUAAAAUAUUUCUGGAAGAAAAUUUAAUCUGGCAAUAUAGACUAAUACUCGUUUCACAUAUGUGUUAUUUGUUGAGUGCUGUGUGUGAGAUGGGUGAAGGUUUUGUUUACACGUGUGAAACAAAUUUUGUUUGAUUAUUUGUCAUUACUAAUUGAAGGGCAACCAGGUUGUAAAAUUCAGCGUAUUUAUUUUCUUAACAGUAUUCAUCUUUAGGACUGUCGUUCGAAGAUAGCAUAGGAAUAUUUGGUUUGCGUUACUGAGAAACUCUAGGUUUGCUGUGAUGGUUAAGACCACAUUGAAGUUGGUAUUACCAGUUUGGUUCCAGUUCCUCAAAUAUUUGAAAAUUGGCAGCAUCUCCUUUACAUAAACUUAAUGUAACUGAAUCACAUGGGUUUUUUGUAGGGUUAGUUUAAGUAACUUUGGUAACCACUUUUGGCCCAGAUCAGUGAUAAUAGGAAGAAAUACAACUUAUACUUGUGUAGCUUAUAUUAAGCGUGUGGUGGGUGGAAAGAAAAGUUUAGUCUGAGUUAGUUUGGAAAAAAAAAAUUACUUUGUGGUAACUUCAAGGUAAUAAAUUAUGGAUAGCCUAGAAAUUAUCCUUCACAGGUGAAUACUAAAUUACACAUUUCAAAACGAGUUCUUCCUACUUGGAGACUUAACGGCAUUAACUAGAUGCAGCGGUCCUCAGCUUGGCGUUAUCACAUCCUAGAGGACAUUUAGAAAUGUGUGAAAUUUGGAAGGUUUAUUGGAGAGACAUGCAUCUGGCAUUUAUUGGGUGGGGUCUAAGGAUACCAAAUGUGUAAAUAUGAAGCAACUCCACUGAGAAUACUGAUAGUCCCUAUUCCUGUGGGUGGGUGGAGCUGUGGGAUUAGAAGAACUGGAAUGAAGACUCAUUCUUUUGAAACUCAGCCUCAGAUAAAUAAACUAGGAAAUGGAAAUCUGUUUCAAGAAUUACAGUAACGUCUACUCUAAGGAAUUAGUAAUUUCACUUUUUAUUAUCUGUACCAAAUGUAUGUGUGUGUUGUGUAUGUGUGUGUAAAUGUGGAGAGGUGGUAGCAAUUCAUGCUGAUGCUGCUUGUGAUUUGUUGCAGGGAAUUACUGCACAAUCUCAGAAAAUACAAGGCUUCCCCAGUACUUUCAGUCAUCAGAGUUGGCAUGAUUGUGAGGUUUAGAAUGAUAGUAUUGGACCUAAGAAAUAGGAUUAGCAUCAUGAUCAGCACUGUUGAGAAUCCUUGUACAAUUAUGUACAUUAUUGCAUGUAAACAUGAGAGCUCAGAGAUGUAUACAUUUCCACUGCUGGAAAAUGAUAAUGUUAGGGCAACAUUUUCUAUAGGUGGCAGCAGUAGGAGCUCAUCACAUUGAACAUUUUCAGAUUUUAAAAUGAAAAUUUUCAUCCAUAGGAAUGGCCCAAUGUAUAGUUAUUAGCUACUGAACUUAGAACUCUUGACCCAUGAGGGGUUUUUUUUUUUUUUUUUAAUUUUUAUUUUUAUAGAGGCAAGGUCUUGCUAUGUUGUCAGGCUGGUCUCAAGCUCCUGGCCUGGUCAGUUCUCCUGCCUUCCAAGUAGCCGGAACUACGGGUGUGCACCAUUGCACCUGGCCUCAUGAGUAUUUUAGCUAGAUAAGAUUUGUUUGGUUCAGUGGGUCUUAGUUUUUUAAGACCUAUUGAUUUAUAAUUAGAGAUCUUGGGCCUUAAACUGUAUUUUUGUGUUAGUGGUGAGGUUGGGCUUUACUUUGUAUAUUCCAGUGUUCUCAACUUUGUCAGAUAUUGCUAGGGACCAGUGAGAUCGAUAAUCCAAAAAUAAUAAUUUGACUUUGGAUGAGUGUGUCAUUACCACAGUGUUAGAUGAUUUGCACUUUAGGUUAGAAAAGUUAAUUUUCACAUCUGUGCUGCGGAUUGGGUGAUAUUGUCCUCAGCACAAUAGAGGAGGAAGAAACUGAAUCAGAGCAGUUAAAUGACAGGCUUCCAAGUCAUCCAUGUAGCAAGGAGUGCAUUUGCCUCCCAAACUGAUGAUUUUUCUCUGGAACCAUCAUGCCCCCCUAAUUACAUUUCAGUAACAUAGACCGCAAUGAGCUUCCUACUGUAGGGAGACUUGAGUCUGGAAUACAUUCAGAACAAGGUUAACAUUACAUUUCUUAAUUUCCUUUAGGGCAAACAAGAUAAUUAAAGUUGGAUUUUGUGAGUCUUUUUGAUUUGCAGAUUAUAUAUGGUAACACAAUAGUAGUGGUUUUUAAGUUUUUUUCUCAUCUGAUUUGAUAAUUUAGUGCAAACUUCAAAUCUGGAUGUGGAUAACAGUAUUUUUAUUAGAGCAUAAUCCAGGUGAGUUUAUAGAAUUUAUGUUUUGUGCUUAUAAACUGUCACCUUCUGAUACUUUUCUUCAUCCUUCUAUUUGAAAAACCCUUGUAGAAUUUAACAAUUUAAUGGAAAAUGUUGCACUUUAUAGAAAGCCAUUUUAGAACUUAUAGGUAACCUUUCUGAAGAGCUUAGAUUUGUAGACCACUGUUUUUGCUGAGUGACGUUUCUUUUAAAUGGUUGCAUUUGUCAAAUCUAUAAAGAUGUCUUUUAUAUUGCAGUUUUCUUCUUGUGCUACUUAAAGGAAUCUUUGCAGUAUUGCAUACAGAUGAGAUAAUUGUUGACCUUUUUAGUUGAGCCGUUUUUAAACUUGCAAAAGAAGUAACAUCAACAUUUAUUUGAGUAUCAGGUUUUUUAGCUAACUGCCUAAUGUACCAAAAAAACUUUGCAAUGUCUUACGUGGGAUGAGGGGUUGAGUUAAAGUUGCUAAUCAAGUAAUGGCUAUGUGGCACAAAAUGAUAACUAAGAAUUUCUGGUUCUAAGGGGAUUUAUAUUUGGGAUUUACAUUUGUUUAAUGUUGAGGUUCUGGGGACCAUAGGUGGGCCUGUCAACUCUUAACAGACUAUAGUAAAGGAGAGAUGGUGGCACAUGUGAGAAAAAAACUUGUUUAUAUUUACAUUCUUACUAGUGGAUAGAUACCACCUCAGAACAACCCUGAAAUUAAACUGCCUUGUUCAUGCUUUCAUGUCUCAAAUCAAGGCCUGAAUGAGUAAAAAGAUGAUUAGAGGUUACCUAAAACCCUUAACUAGUUUUGGUUUUUGAUUAUGCAUAUGCGUUGACUUGGAAUUAGGUUUUUAGUUUCUGUUUAUGUGACUUAGUUUGAGAACAUUGGAUUCAUCUUCUCUCCACAGUUCCUAGUUAAACCUAGUAGCUUCUUUUAAUUCCCUGUAAGUAAGAGGAAGAUAAUAUAGGGAAUCUGAUCAACUAUUUCUUUAAUAAAUCAUGUGACUUGGGCAAUUACAGAAAUUCAUAUGUGUUUAGUAUUUUGAAAUGUGGCCAGUGUCCCAGAUUUGUAAGCUACAGUGUGCAUACAAUGCAUACAGUGUGUCUUAGGAUUUUUUUUUUUUAAGUGAAUUAAGGAUGUUUACCAGAAAUUAUUGAUUUGCUGAAUCAAGUAUUCUCAGGAGCUCACUUAUGGGGAAGGUUGCCUAUAUUUUUCGUAGUAAUUAGAGGGAAGAUUAAAUCCUGUUUAACCUGGAUAGAAACAGUUUUAACUAUUGCUGAAGUUAAAAUCACUUUGGGGUGGGUUGGGUGGCUCAUGCCUGUAAUCCUAGUGCUUUGAGAGACUGAGGCCAGAGGAUUGCUUGAGGCCAGGGAUUUGAGACCAGCUUGGGCAACACAGCAAGACCCUCUCUCUACAGAUAAUUGAAAAAUGAGGCAGACGUGGUGGCGCAUUCCUGUAGUCUCGGUCUCUCGGGAGGCUGAGGCAGGAUAUUGCUUGAGCCCAGGAGUUGGAGGCUGCAGUGAGUUAUGAUCGUGCCACUGCACUCUAACCUGGGUGACAGAGUGAGACCCUGUCUCUAAAAAACAAAAAAUCGGAAAACAAAACAAAAACCACUUUGGUUACUCGUUGUCCUUAUGUUUUGAUGUCAGUUGUUCUCCUAAAUUUUAAAAUUUUGUUACGAAGAUUGGAUGUACACUGAUUUGGCCCUUUAAAUGACAUUAUACCAAGAAGCUGGUAUAAGGAAGUAGGAGAGGAGAAAACUUUUUGAAAAACCAUUUGAUGCAUGCUAAGGUAUCUUGUAGGACAUGUGGUUUUAAAAAAUCUAUGAAUUUUGAAGAAGGAUAGGGUGGAAGUAAAAUUUAGCUGAUAGCAUAGGGAUCAUUUGUCAUUUAUAUAGAAAAUAAUUAUAUUUUUGAGUGAGAAGCAUCAGACUUAAAUUUUUUUUCUUCUGAUUAUUACCACAAAGAACAGAGAAACUCUCAGAAUUCUUUGAAUCAUAGAAUGUUAGUGCUGGAAAGGACUAGGAAGUGACCUGUACAACCCCUUCAUUUUACAAAUGAUCAGAUAAUUGGCUAGUAGAGUCCCAGAUCUGCUUCUAGAAGUAAUACGGUGAUCAUCGGUUUAGAUUCACUGUAGGAAGGCCAGCACUGUUAAAGUUUGUCAGGAGGAAAAGGGAAGGUAUCACUUUUUGUAUGUUCACCCAGUUGCUUCUGUAGUUUUCAUACCCCUGUUUUCUCUAUUUUCUUAGAACUGUCUUUAAUGGCUCAGCUCUACCAGGGCUUGUUGUCUAAGGACAUUAACUUGUGCUCCCCUCAGGGAUGGGUUUACUACUAGCUGUCAGAAAGCUAUUGGGUAUCCUAAUGUGUUAAUAGCUGAAACUCAGCUGUAAUUUCUCCUAAAUACUUCAGCAUUUUGCAUUCUGUACAUUGUGGUGCUUUUUCCACCUUGUAUUGUUGUAAUUGUAAGCUCCUAGGGGGCAGCAAUUUGGUCUUAGGCGUGUACCCUGUUUAGUGCCUGGCAAUGCCAUGUUUAUAUCAAGGUCUUAAUACUACUUUUCAGUUAUUUUUCCCACUCUUCAUGGAAGUGAUGCUCCAGCCUUGCUAAAACACUUAGGGUCCUCCUGAUAAGCCAGGCAUUGUGAUUCCUUGGCUUCAAGUGCCUUCUCUCUUCCCUGAAGGUCCACUGAGAUCUACACUCUCCCCUUUCCUCCUAUCUCUUGCCAUGUAAGUAGUUUUUUUUAAAAGAUCAGUACAAGAGCUAUGUUUUUUCCUAAGAAAAAAUUGGCAACAGGAAUGGGGAGUAGCCCUUUUUGGGGCUGAUCUGUCCGAGGAACAAAUCCAUUCUCAUCUGCUUUCCACAUUGUCCCUCUUGUUUGAGGUCCUGUUCCGACCUUCAUUUCUAAAACUGUUCUAGAGCACUUUGUCUUUCUCAUAGUUACUUACCCCUUCAAUCUAGAAUUAGAAUUACAUUAUUUUUACUAGACUGUAAGCUCCUAGAAGAUAAGGACUAGGGAGUUAAUCUCUGUAUUCCACCAGAAGGUACAGUGACUCACAACUAGAGUCUUUAGAUGAUAACUUACUGAGUUGAAUAACUUAAUAUAUUUCUGUUUUCAUUCCUAAGGGAGGCAUGUCUGGAGAUAGACCUUGAAUUUAAUAAAUGUUAGGCACUAUACCAUUUUAGUGGAGGAAAUUGUUGGGAAAUUUGGGGGGAUGGGUAUAGAAGGGGGAGGAAGUCACUGGCCAUUUUGAGGUGCUUCCAUUGGUCUGGGUAACUAGCCAUUUCUUCCUGAUUGUGCCUGGUAUAUCCCAGGCAGUUUGUUUCUGUGCAGAAGAAUUUUAUAUGAAAUUUUCAUUUCUUUGCCAAAACUUGUUCCUUCUUUCAGUUCAUGACAUCAUCCAUGCUAAAGUCUGAGUCAUCUGCUUCCAUUUUUGUUAUUCCCAAUAUCCAGUCUUCAGCUAAGUCCUGUCAGUUCUACCUCAAGUCUUUCACGUCUGUCUUCCUCACCUAUGUAAUUUCAGUACUCUCAGCUUCACUUAACCUCUUCUUACUCCAGCCUACUUUAUACACAAUGUUAGAUUCAUCUUACUGAAACAUAGCUCUGACCAUGUAUCCCAUGUAUGUGUUCUCUCUCCCCUAUUAGACUGUAAGCUCCUUAUGGGCAGGAUCUGUGUCUGAGUCAUCUUUGUAUCUUGCCUAGCACCUAUCAAUAAAUACUUCUUGAAUGAA